AAACUGACAAAUUUACGGAUUUUUAGGAGUUUAUUUGCUCAAUUUUAAAGUUAAUAUUCGAUUUCACUCUUUCACAAGAAUCUUUGGAUCGAUUUUGACAGCAUAUUAUUGAAAUUGUGUAGAUUUUGGGUGAUAUGUUUCGCUUUGGCGACGGUGAUCAAAUUUCCCGAUGUCAACAAAAGAGGAUAAAUUUAUGUCAUUUGCGUGGGAGCACGGUCACUUUCUGAAUAAAUUAUAGUAACAGGAAAUGUAAUUAUGAGCAGAAUAAAUUUGUCGUAAUUUUCAAAUUAAGAGUUUGACCUCUGCUUAUCUGAUCUUCUAAUGUCGUUUUGAGGCACUAGAAUUAGAAAUGGCAACUUUCAAGAAGACAACUCUAUCAGGGGGUGGAAGGAAAAAGACUGGUCCUAAACCAGAGUUAACGGAAGAACAGAAACAGGAAAUACGAGAGGCGUUUGAUUUAUUUGAUGCUGAUGGGUCUGGAACUAUUGAUGCUAAAGAGUUAAAGGUGGCUAUGAGAGCUCUGGGUUUUGAACCAAAAAAAGAAGAAAUCAAAAAAAUGAUUGCUGAGAUUGACAAAGAUGGACACGGUACAAUUGAUUUUAAUGAUUUUUUGACAAUAAUGACCCAAAAGAUGAGUGAAAAAGAUGCUAAGGAAGAAAUACUGAAAGCUUUUAGAUUAUUUGAUGAUGACGAAACUGGAAAAAUCUCUUUCAAAAAUUUAAAACGAGUUGCCAAGGAACUAGGAGAGAAUCUCACAGAUGAAGAAUUACAGGAGAUGAUAGACGAAGCAGACCGAGAUGGAGACGGAGAAAUAAAUCAAGAAGAAUUCCUCAGAAUCAUGAAGAAAACAAGUUUAUAUUAAUUUUCAUUGGUGCAUUCAUGUUUUAACAUAUUCUGAUUGGCUCAUUCAUUGUUUUAACACAUUCUGAUUGGCUCAGUUCAUAUUCUCAACAUCCAGAUUGGCCAGUUCAAAUUUUAAACAUUGCCUUGUUUGUACCGAACACACUCUAAUUGGCCAAUUUUUGAAUAUAUAUUGUUGGUACAUCUUAUCGAACACAUUCCGAUUGGUCAAAUUUUGAACAUUGUCUUCUUGGUACAUUGAAUUGUAACAUUGUUUGAUUGGUCGAUUCAAAUUAAAACAUUUUUGAUUGGCCAAUUCAAAUUAAAACAUUUUCUAAUUGACAAAUUCAGAAUUAAACAAUUUUUGAUUGGCUUAAUGAAAUUUAAACACGAAGGAGUUAUUAAUUCAAGUCUUGCAUCAUUUGAUUGGUCAAUAUUAAUUUUUGAACUUAAGCAGCACCUUUUCAUUGGUCAGCAUUAUGUCACAUGGUCAUGUCGUAUGACUUCUUUUCCUCUUUGUAUAUAUGAUUUCAAUUAUUAUUAUUGAUAUAUUUGUAUGUUUGUGUCUGAGUCAUCCUUUUACAUAUUAAAUCUAUCAGACAAGUAUU